AUGACUGGGAAGGAUUAUGCAGUAGUGAAGAAGACCAGGGAUUUUGAGACACCCAGCAGCUGUCUCCGCGUGGCAGGAGGACUGAGCAGGACCCAGAGCCCCAUCCUGGUGCCUCCACCUCACUCUCUGAUACAUGAGAGACACAAUGACCAGAAGAUCCUGGAACUCACCAACAAGAUCAUUCAGCUGCUGACUGAAGAGGAGGGGGAGUAUAUAGAGGAACACAGGGGUCUGUACAAGAACGUGAUGAUGGAGAAUCACUGGCCCCUCACAUCACUGGAUGGACCCAGUAACAGAGAUACCCCAGAGAGAUGUCCCCGUCCUCUGUAUUCCCAGGAUUGUACAGAAGAGAAUUACAGGAUCCCACAGGAGGAUCAGGAUAUAUCUUCUCAGGAAGAUCCCAUUCCAUGUAAUCAGGAUUGCACCGUUGUAGCGCAGAUCCCGCCUAGAGAACCGGAGUGGUUUGCCUCUAUUAGAGUGGUUAUUUCUCAGAUUUCAGAGAGGGUUACACAGACUUAG